UUCAACCUCCUCCAGGAUUGCAGCUCUGUGUCGCACCGGUUCAACCUCCUCCAGGAGAGCAGCUCUGUGUCGCACCGGUUCACCCUCCUCCAGGAGAGCAGCAGACACAAACUCUCUGAGGUUCAACUGUUACAAUGAUCCAAUAGAAACCGCUCUGUCAGAGACAGAGAGAGAGAUACAGAGAGUUGACGAGAGAGGCAAUAGGAGCAGCCGUGGAGGACUAAGAAAAGGAUGACCCUGUGAUCUUGCCAAGGAUGAGCAGAGACGAGGAGAGACGCAUCACUAUGAAUAAGGCCAAGAGAAAGUCUCGUGUGGACAGCCCUGGAGGUGUGAGAAGCAGGAGAACGGUUCAGAGGAGGAUGACCUGCCCUAGUUUCCCGGAGAUCACUAGAGUGCUGCAGAACCCUGUCCCCAGUCCCCUGACCCGUUCUGCUAGCCUAGACGAGCUCAUCCUGCGAUGCCUGCACUGCUUCGACUCGGAUGGAAAGCUUUCGCGGGGAUCUCAGCUCGUUCACAUGACUCUGAUGAUGCACAGCUGGGUUGUUCCCUCACAGACCUUCGCCCAGAAACUCCUCGCCCUCUAUAAGGACUGUCCAGUGGAAAAGAGAGGACUGAGACGACCGCAGGUCUGCCACCUUAUCAGACAGUGGAUCAGCAGGUUCCCAGCGGUGUUUGAGGCUGACCCUCAACUAGAGCAGAUGAUGGGAGAAUUGUGGACCCUGGCCAGGUCUGAGACACAGGACAUCAUAGACACAUCCUACCUUUAUGAUGCCAUCCCACCAUGUCUGUUUGAGUACGCUUCCUGUCACAGAGGGAAAUGUUCCUGUACGUUUGAGACCUUCUCACAACUCAGUCCAGUGAUCCCAGCCUCCCAGGCCCCGUCUCAGUCUGUAAAGAAGAGGAAGGUCUCUCUACUGUUUGACCACAUGGAGCCGGAUGAGAUGGCUGAACACCUCUCCUACCUGGAGUUCAAAAACUUCUGCAACGUCUCGUUCCUGGAUUACCGUAGCUACGUGGUGCGUGGCUCUGUGAGGGACAACCCAUCCCUGGAGCGCAGUGUCAUGAUGUGUAAUGGGGUGUCUCAGUGGGUCCAGCUGAUGAUUCUGAGCAGACACACUGCACAGCAGAGAGCCCAGGUCUUCACCAAGUUCCUACACGUAGCCCAGAGGCUGCAUGCGCUGCAGAACCCCUUCAACACUCUGAUGGCGGUGACGGGUGGUCUGUGAUCAACAGCUCCAUCUGAUGGGAUCCUUAGCUCAGAUGUUCUAGCUACCAUUACCGAGAUGACAGAGCUGCUGUCCUCCUCCAGUAACUAUAGUAACUACCGACGGGUGUACAGUGAGUGUUCAGGGUUUAAAGUGCCUAUCCUGGGGGUCCACUUGAAGGACCUGAUCUCCCUGAACGAGGCCCUGCCAGACUACCUGGAGGAGCAGAAGAUUAACCUGGGGAAACUGCAGCAUCUCUACUCUAACAUCUCUGACCUGCUGUCGGUACACUCCUGCUCUCCUCCGUUUGAAGCCAACAAGGAUCUGCUGCAUCUACUUACCCUGUCUCUGGAUCUGUACUACACAGAAGAUGAGAUCUAUGAGCUGUCCUACACCAAGGAACCCAAGAACCCUAAGACACAGCCUGUAGCACCUGUCAAAUCCCCAGUUGUAGCAGAGUGGGGGUCAGGGGUGACUCCGAGGCUGGACCCAGACACCAUUUCUAAACACGUCAAACAGAUGGUGGAUUCCAUCAUGAAGAACUACGACCUGAACCAGGAUGGGUACAUCUCUCUGGAGGACUUUAAGAAGAUAGCAGCUAACUUCCCCUUCUCCUUCUGCAACAAUGAUAGUGACAGAGAGGGGGAGAUCAGUCAUCAGCAGAUCAACUCCUACUUCAUGAGGGGGAUGUCCGUAUGUGCCAAACUAGGAUACAACUUCAAGAACGUUCACAACUUCCACGAGACCACGUACAAGCGACCCACCUUCUGUGACACUUGUGGAGGCUUUCUGUGGGGAGUUAUCAAGCAGGGCUUCCACUGUCGAGACUGUGGGGUAAACUGUCACAGACACUGCCAGGACCUGUGUGGGAUGCAGUGUGUGAAGAGAGACAGGGUGUAUGCUGGGUCAUGUCCCUCCACCCCUGCCUCAGCCCUCACUCCUGUCCCAGACCUCCUGACCAAGGCAAACAGCUGGAGUUCGUCAGAAGACAACACCUUUGUUUUCCCCGGGGGUAACAGUAAUUGGGGUAACAACCGUAAUAGGAGGGACUUGGACCGGUCCACUCUGGGUAACAGGGGUGACUCUGCGCUCUCAGACCGGUCCACCCAGACAGACCCGGGGUUGUGGAUGCCAGUUCUCCCGAUAGAGAGAGACAGGGGCUGUGUUGUGAAGCCCCAGAGAUUCCUUGGCUCCUCCAUGCCUGCCUCCUUCCUGCAGGAGAAGAUGGAGGAACUCAACUUGAUCAGAGAUAAGAGCAGAGAACCCGACUGAGCUGGGACACUGGAUACCCAUGGACAGACACACACACACACGAACGGACACGCACACGAACAGACAGAAAGACACACACACACAGACACACACACAAACGGACAGACACAAACACACACGGAAGGACAGACACACACACACACGAACGGACACACACAGAGACACACACACACGGACGGACAGACACACACACGAACGGACACGCACACGAACAGACAGAAAGACACACACACACACGAACGGACACACACGAACGGACGCACACACACACACGAACGGACGGACACACAGACGCGCGCGCAUAAGGACAGACACACACACUCAUACACAUCCAGACAUCAAAUAAACUGGGUUUGUGUGGGCUGUGUUAGAGCCAAUGGGUUUGUGUGGGCUGUGUUAGAGCCAAUGGGUUUGUGUGGGCUGUGUUAGAGCCAAUGGGUUUGUGUGGGCUGUGUUAGAGCCAAUGGGUUUGUGUGGGCUGUGUUAGAGCCAAUGGGUUUGUGUGGGCUGUGUUAGAGCCAAUGGGUUUGUGUGGGCUGUGUUAGAGCCAAUGGGUUUGUGUGGGCUGUGUUAGAGCCAAUGGGUUUGUGUGGGCUGUGUUAGAGCCAAUGGGUUUGUGUGGGCUGUGUUAGAGCCAAUGGGUUUGUGUGGGCUGUGUUAGAGCCAAUGGGUUUGUGUGGGCUGUGUUAGAGCCAAUGGGUUUGUGUGGGCUGUGUUAGAGCCAAUGGGUUUGUGUGGGCUGUGUUAGAGCCAAUGGGUUUGUGUGGGCUGUGUUAGAGCCAAUGGGUUUGUGUGGGCUGUGUUAGAGCCAAUGGGUUUGUGUGGGCUGUGUUAGAGCCAAUGGGUUUGUGUGGGCUGUGUUAGAGCCAAUGGGUUUGUGUGGGCUGUGUUAGAGCCAAUGGGUUUGUGGGCUGUGUUAGAGCCAAUGGGUUUGUGUGGGCUGUGUUAGAGCCAAUGGGUUUGUGUGGGCUGUGUUAGAGCCAAUGGGUUUGUGUGGGCUGUGUUAGAGCCAAUGGGUUUGUGUGGGCUGUGUUAGAGCCAAUGGGUUUGUGUGGGCUGUGUUAGAGCCAAUGGGUUUGUGUGGGCUGUGUUAGAGCCAAUGGGUUUGUGUGGGCUGUGUUAGAGCCAAUGGGUUUGUGUGGGCUGUGUUAGAGCCAAUGGGUUUGUGUGGGCUGUGUUAGAGCCAAUGGGUUUGUGUGGGCUGUGUUAGAGCCAAUGGGUUUGUGUGGGCUGUGUUAGAGCCAAUGGGUUUGUGUGGGCUGUGUUAGAGCCAAUGGGUUUGUGUGGGCUGUGUUAGAGCCAAUGGGUUUGUGUGGGCUGUGUUAGAGCCAAUGGGUUUGUGUGGGCUGUGUUAGAGCCAAUGGGUUUGUGUGGGCUGUGUUAGAGCCAAUGGGUUUGUGUGGGCUGUGUUAGAGCCAAUGGGUUUGUGUGGGCUGUGUUAGAGCCAAUGGGUUUGUGUGGGCUGUGUUAGAGCCAAUGGGUUUGUGUGGGCUGUGUUAGAGCCAAUGGGUUUGUGUGGGCUGUGUUAGAGCCAAUGGGUUUGUGUGGGCUGUGUUAGAGCCAAUGGGUUUGUGUGGGCUGUGUUAGAGCCAAUGGGUUUGUGUGGGCUGUGUUAGAGCCAAUGGGUUUGUGUGGGCUGUGUUAGAGCCAAUGGGUUUGUGUGGGCUGUGUUAGAGCCAAUGGGUUUGUGUGGGCUGUGUUAGAGCCAAUGGGUUUGUGUGGGCUGUGUUAGAGCCAAUGGGUUUGUGUGGGCUGUGUUAGAGCCAAUGGGUUUGUGUGGGCUGUGUUAGAGCCAAUGGGUUUGUGUGGGCUGUGUUAGAGCCAAUGGGUUUGUGUGGGCUGUGUUAGAGCCAAUGGGUUUGUGUGGGCUGUGUUAGAGCCAAUGGGUUUGUGUGGGCUGUGUUAGAGCCAAUGGGUUUGUGUGGGCUGUGUUAGAGCCAAUGGGUUUGUGUGGGCUGUGUUAGAGCCAAUGGGUUUGUUUCUCAAUAUGCAUCCUACCGUGCUCCACACUCAUGCUCUCUUCAGGACGUUCUCCCGAGUGCUUUCUCUUCAGGACGUUCUCCCGAGUGCUUUCUCUUCAGGACGUUCUCCCGAGUGCUUUCUAUUCAGGACGUUCUCCCGAGUGCUUUCUCUUCAGGACGUUCUCCCGAGUGAAUUCCCUUCAGGACGUUCUUUUGAGGUUGAGAGUGUGGAGAACACAUAAUUACUUUCCAUUUGAGAUGUGCACUUCCCCCGACUGUAUUACCUCACACUGCACCUCCCCAUUCACCGACCCUCCUUCCAGCCAGGACAAUGACGACAACAGACGAAGAUAUACACAAAGCUAACUUUUUACUUCAUAAUUAUCAGCUAGAUAUAUGUGAAUAGUUGUAAUCUAGCUAGCCAGGGAAAAAAAUGAACAGAAACUAAUGUCAUGCAAGACACAAUCGAUGUCAAUUCUUUGUGGGUAAGCGAGCUAACAUUUUUUCCCCUCCCGUGGCUAGCCAGUUAGCCCUAUUGAUUUACUAUGGACUUAACCCAUUCCUUCUUCUAGCCAGGACAAUAAUGGCAAUAGAGACGAAAAAAAACAAUAUAUACACGAAGCAAAUGUUUUACUUCAUAACUCUGAGCUAGCUGCAUUGCUUGCUGUUUUGGGGGUUUUUAGGCUGGGUUUCUGUACAGAACUUUGUGACAUCAGCUGAUGUAAAAAUGUCUUUAUGAAUAUGUUUAAUUGAUUGAUUGCUAUAUGUUUACCGUAAUAAUGUAGCUAACCAGAUAGAAUAACAGGCAAAAAAAACGACAUAAACCAAUGUUAUCCAAGAUAGAUAUCAAUUCUUCGUGGGCAGCAAGCUAACAAUUAUUUGUGGCUCUCUGGCUAGCUAACAGUAGUAGUUAGCCAGUUAGCUCUAUUGACCACAACAAUGGGCUUACGACCUACGCUCACCUUACAGUGGGUCCUGUAGGAAGGUAACCAUGCCAAAACGGGCUGUAUUUAUUAACGUAGCAAGAUAAAAUAUUGUAGUCAGGCAAACGUAUAUGAUUAGCUAACAUUUAAAUUCCCAAGUCGCGUUGUAUUUUCGCUUCAGCUCAAGUAAUGGCCGCCAUUGAUUCUAAUCGAAUGUGUGUCAUUUUGUUUGUUGUGUUUUUUUUGUAAUCAUAUUUCUUUGCAUUUGCUUUCUGUUGAAGCUUACAUCGAUGCAUGCUUCAAAAUAUGUACGCAUUCGAAUAGUACCCUCAAUGCACUGUUUCGUAUACUUCGAUUUGGGACUCAACCUCCGACCCUCCCGUGCUACAAUAUGCCACGGUAUUAUGGAUUUUUGAUAAACACACAUUGAUGGAACCUGAUCAUUUUUAAGUAGAGUUAAUGUAACAAAAAAAAAACACAAAAAAAACGUUUUCCCGUGACUUCUACAAUCUAUUUUUGUUUUUUCUAAAUAUAUACAGUGUAUUCUAACUGUUAUGUGAUGUAUAAUGUAUUUUUUUAAAUUUCGGAAUAUUCUUGAA